CUCACCACAAUGCCACAGCAACGGUGGGAGGGGAAGCGUGCGCGACUGGGAAUGGGCAGUUUUAGUUUAGGAAUGCCCUUUUCCCUUCUGUCCCGUGGUGUUGGGUUGCAGGUGCUGCUCCACAUGCUGGCAGGACGGUCACCCAAAACGAUGAGAAAACACUGAAGCUCAAACAUCAGCAGGAGAAACCAGAGGAAAUCACACAGGCAUCUGCAAUCCACCUGCAUCAGGUCAAACCCCGCUCCACUCCAGCAGCCAUGGCGACUGUUGCCUUGACAAUCCUGCUCCUGCCGCUGCUGACCUCUGCCCUACCCUUCCAGCAGAAAGGAUUCUGGGACUUCGGCAAGGAUAUUGAUGUGAAGGACCUGCUGAUGACGAUGAUGAAGGACCAGGAGGAGGGCUCGGCGUACGAGGAGCUCCCCCAGCCCGAGCAGCCCACCUGCCCCUUCGGCUGCACCUGCCACCUGAAGGUGGUGCAGUGCUCCGAUCUCGGUUUGACCCACGUGCCGUAUGACAUCCCCUCAGACACACUGCUGCUGGACCUGCAGUGUAACAUGAUACAUGAGAUCCGAGAGGGAGACUUCAAAGGCCUCAGUAACCUCUAUGCUCUGGUACUGAGAAGCAAUCAGAUCUCCAGGGUUCAUCCCCGGGCCUUCCAGCCUCUGAAGCGGUUGCAGAAACUCUACAUCUCCCACAACCACCUCACCUCCAUCCCCCGCAACCUGCCUGCCUCGCUCGUGGAGCUGCGUAUCCAUGACAACCACAUCCGCAAGGUGGCCGCCGGGACCUUCUCGGGCCUGGGCAACAUGCAUGUGAUCGAAAUGGGCCGUAACCCCCUGCAGAACAGCGGCUUCGAGCCUGGAGCUUUCAUCGGCCUCAAGCUCAGCUACCUGCGCAUCUCUGAGGCCAAACUAACAGGAGUGCCCAACGACCUGCCUGAGAGUCUUCAUGAGCUGCAUUUGGAUCAUAAUCAAAUUCAGGCCAUCGAGCUGGAGGACCUCAGCCGAUACAAACAGCUCCAAAGGUUGGGUCUUGGUUUUAAUCACAUUCGUCACAUUGAGAACGGUGCUUUGUCUUACCUGCCCAACCUGAGGGAGCUCCACCUGGAUAAUAACCGUCUGUCCAGCGUGCCCUCAGGACUGCCUGAUAUGAAGUACCUGCAGGUGAUCUAUCUGCACUAUAACAACAUCACCGUGGUCGGAGUGAAUGAUUUCUGUCCUAUGGGAUUCGGAAUGAAGAGAGUUUUCUACAACGGAAUCAGUCUGUUCGGAAACCCCAUCAACUACUGGGAGGUUCAGCCGGCCACGUUCCGCUGCGUCAGCGACAGGAUGGCCGUGCAGUUCGGAAACCACAAGAAAUAAACUCACACACACACACACACGCACACACGCACACACACACACACACACACACACACACACACACACACAAACAUACACACAUGCAGUAGCGUUCAAAAGUUUUCAUAAAUGCUACUCUAGAUUUAAAAAAACAAGUACAAAGCUGUAAAUAAAACAGUUCUAUGAGCAGUUCUAACAAAAUUAAUAUGUAGAAUGCCUCAUAUUCGACUAGUGCCGGAAAAUGUAUCAAGAAAUCACAGUAAACGGAUAAUUAUAGUAUAUUAUUUAUGAUUUAAUACUUUUUUGGUGUUCCCAAAUUUUUUGAAAUAUCAAAAUAAUGUUGUAAAUUCCUUUUGGUGUUUAGCUUAUAGUAUUUCUGCACUAUGUAAGUUAAUUACUGAAUAAGAUAACAGCAGUUAUUAAUAAAACAACCAUUCCAGUUAUUAUCAAAAAGAUUCAUCCGAUUUCAAA